CUUCAGGCUUGUAAACUCAGGGGCCUGGGCAGGAGGACUCCAUUUCCCAGGAUGCCUAUAGUAUGACGUCACACAGUCAUGGCACCCCGAGGCAUUCUGGGAAUCUCUUUUGUGCAGCUUGAGUUCCAAGAAGGCUCACAGUUGUACUUUCUGGACCUUUUCCUGGGGUGGAAAGAGAGUGAUUCUCUGGGCUAGCGCGGGCCGAACUCUUUUUUUUUUUUCCCCCCCUGGCCGCUGAGACUUUCUGCUCCCAAAGUCCUGGCGGAAGAGACCUCUGUAGAGCACCUCCAAGGAGCGCUGGGCCCGGUGUAACUGUUUGUGGAGGGGCGGGGCUGUCUCCGUGUGCGUUCCUCGCUUUAAUGGACCCCAGAAAAGGGACCACCACGGAAGUGCGGGGCUCAGGCCAGUGCAGGCCCUUCCCCGAGGGGGAUGUUCAGGUCAGAACAGGCCAAGGGGAGAAGCCUCCAACCGGAGCCUGGCGGGGCCGGUGGGGGUGCCCGAGCCCACAUGCCAUGGGAGGAGCCCUGCUCUCGGGCGCACACAGAGGAAUUCUGCCACCCCCUGAAGGACCCCAGGGUGGCCCCAGCAGAGAGCCCACUGCCAGAGGAAUGGCCCCCGGGACCCUGAGGCUCCCCUCCCAGAAUCUCACUCAGAGAGCAGAGCAUUUCCCAUCUCCCUGAUUCCACAGGGAAAAGCAUUUUAGAGUAACACACUUCUCCAGGUUUUACUCUUCACAACAUGAUUCUCACUUCAGACACAGAAUGCUUCUGUCAGUAUUCCUCUGGGCUCUGAAUGACUGCAGUGCUGCUGGCUCUGACAAUCUUCAAGGGAUCAAUAACAUUCAAGGAUGUGGCUGUGGACUUCACCCAGGAAGAGUGGUACCUAUUGGACCAUUCUCAGAAAGAGCUGUACCUGGAGGUCAUGCUGGAGAAUGUGCAGAAUCUACUCUCUGUGGGGCUUCCAGUUCCUGGAGAAAAUUUUAUCUCCUGUUUUCAGCAAGGAAAAGCACUAUGUCUUGUAGAGCAAAAAGACCCAAGGAGCUUCUUUCAAGUGGAAGAUUUUGAAGUGAAGGAAAUGUCUACAAAGUUGAACCGUUUUAUGGAAGGAUCUGGCUCCCAAAGAUGCAUGAAUGAGGGUCCCCGUGACUUCAUUUUGAGAGAAAUCUGUGACUCUACUGUCAAGGCAAAGAAAAAUCCAAAAAGUGACUGUGAAUUUGGUGAAAGUGCAGAGAAAUUCAGCCAAAAUUCAGUCCUAUCUCAGGAUAUGAAAUUGACCUCAGGGAAUAACUGUGAUCUGGAUAGCGAAUAUCAGCAAUGUUUUUCUGAAGAAGUAGGACUUGUUCAAUCAUCUGAGAAACCCAUGUAUGAAGGUAAAGUGGGACAAAUGUCCUUUGGCUGGAGUUCAGACCUCAUUAGACAUCCAAAAAGUAAACCUGUAAAUAUGGAUUCUGUGAGUGAUAAUGGUGGGAGACCUUUCAAUCAGAACUCUGAGCUUGCUACACAUCAAAGAAUCUACACUAGAGAGAUACCUUAUGACUGUAAACAAUAUGGAAAUGUUUUUACAGAGAGAGCAUCUCUUGCUAAGCAUCAUAGCAUCUACACUAGAGAGAAACCUUAUGAAUGUAAACAGUGUGGAAAGGCUUUCACACAGAGAAGCAAUCUUACUGUACAUCAGAGAAUCCACACUGGAGAGAAACCUUAUGAAUGUAAACACUGUGGAAAAGCUUUCACAAUAAGGGCCAAUCUUGCUGCACAUCAGAGAAUCCACACAGGAGAGAAACCUUAUAAAUGUAAACACUGUGGAAAGGCUUUUACAACGAGUGGAGAUCUUGCUGCACAUCAGAGAAUCCACACUGGAGAGAAACCUUAUGAAUGUAAACGGUGUGGAAAGGCUUUCACAGAGAGGGGCCAUCUUGCUGUACAUCAAAGAAUUCACACUGGAGAGACACCUUAUGAAUGUAAACAUUGUGGAAAGGCUUUCACACAGAGGGGUUCUCUUGGUAAACAUCAGAGAAUACACACUGGAGAGAAACCGUAUGAAUGUAAACACUGUGGAAAGGCUUUCACAAGGUGGGGCUUUCUUUCUGAACAUCAGAGAAUCCACACUGGAGAGAAACCCUAUGAAUGUAAACAGUGUGGAAAGGCUUUUUCUCAGAGGGGCUCUCUUGCUACACAUCAGAGAAUCCACACUGGAGAGAAACCUUAUGAAUGUAAACAAUGUGGAAAGACUUUCACACAGAGGGGUCAUCUUGCUGCACAUCAGAGAAUCCACACUGGAGAGAAACCUUAUAAAUGUAAGCAAUGUGGAAAGGCUUUCACAAAGAGGGACUAUCUUGCUGCACAUCAGACAAUCCACACUGGAGAUGAACCUUAUUACAUGGGAUAAAAUUAAGCUUAAUUCUCCAGCAUCCAUUACUUAGUAUUAGUAACCUUUGAUUGGCAACUUCCUAUAGAAAUUUAGUGAAAUGUCAGUGCCCUUUAUAAGGGAGAUACCAAUAUCUCUUUAUGAAGAGUAGAGAAAUCCCCGUUCCCCAGUAUCCUUUUAUAUACACAUACAUAUAAAUCUUUAAUUCAUUCUUUUCUAAUGUGGCCAAAACCUCUCCUUUUAAAAAAUUGUUUCGGAUUAAGUGGUUCCAAUUAUAAAUUCCAAUUGCGUAAAGGAAAUCAUAGAGUGGAUCAGGUCACGAGGAUAAAAUGGCAGGAAGAAAAAGGCAGCCAUAAAGCCAUAAUGUCAAGAAAUCAGGAGGCAUGGGUCAGGGUGGAUGUCCCUUGCACUGACCCCUGGAGUGCCUCCCUGGGAGGCCCAGGCAAAACAGGAAGCCAUAGUUGCUUCCUGAGACUUGAUGUGUUAGUGGUAGGGGAAAAAGUUUGAGAAACUGAGGGAAGGGCAGAUUUCCCUUUCUUCUCUUUUUGGUUUUGUUGCUUGCUGGACUUAUAUGUGAGCAUGGUUAUGGGGCUCUAAUGACAGCGACAGAAUAGCAGGGAAAAUAUAGCAACCUAGACAGUAAUUUGUAUUUCUUUCUCCUCUUUUUACCUCUUUUCUGAGGCCCCAAGACACAAAGGGCAGCCAUGAGGCCACUGCUUGGCUGCCAACCUGGCAUCCCCAGCAUGGGCUUUUCUUCCCAGCAUUGCCCUGAUUCCAGGGAGACCCUGCUCCCUUGCUUAUGAUCCCACAAACCACUGCACUGCCACCUACUGGCCAACAGUUAAAACGCAGUCAAUUAAAUCAAGUAAAAAAAAUUAAACAUAAUGAAAGAAAAUGAAAAUUUAUAAAACUAAAGAAAAAUUAAGGUAAACAAAAUCAAUAAAAUAAAGUAAAAUGAUAAAUACACAAAAAUAAUUUGGUGUACCAAUUCAGUAGUCCAUAAUUUUAAAACUUAUUGCCUGGAAUUGUUUUUUUUAACACCAAAGUCCAGCUCUGUUGCCUUUUUAAAUAAACUUAAAGGAAGUUGUAUUUACAAUUUUUAUUAAAAUAUUGGAAAUAAUCUUGCUUUCUUUAUUUGAUUUUGUACAGCUCACUGUUGGGUCCUAGGCUCAGUACUGUGAACCUUAGAAAUUCCCAGAUCCUACUUCAUAAGAUUCGAUUAAGACCAUUCCCCAUUUGGGCAGUGAACUCUACUUAGAUCAGGAAUGUGAGAACUCACCUACUUAAGUCUGCCCUAGGGGAAGAUAAAGUUUUAAACUCUUUUCUGAACAAUGAAAAGUACUUAAACCCAUACUUAAGCCAUGCCUAUUUUUAGAACUAAUACAGAGGGGUGCUAAGUACCUAUAAAGGUCAGGUAACUUGUGAACUUACAAGAAACAAAGAGCUGAGAAACUUACUCAGAGCUUUCCUGGUGUGAAUUACUCAAAAGUUCACACCUUCUUAGUUGUGAACUAAGAAUGGUCUGUCCUUUGAAAAAUGUCUACUGUGAUUGGUAGAUGUAAGAAUUUAGGGGAGGUGACAAAGGAGAAAAUGCCCUUUAAAAGGAGAUGAAAAGCUCUCUCUGGACACAGUCAGCUGGGAAAGGCUGCCUUGAAGGGUCUCUCUCAAGACUCUCCCGGGGACAUUUCAGAUAGAGGAUGGAGCUGGUGAAGGCAGCUGAGAUGAUGUCUGCCUGGUGUCAUUAGAAUCCUUGCUUGGACAGAUCUUGUGGUGAGUGAUUAAGGACUGACUGAUCUUUUCUCAAAGAGCUUAGGCCUGGGUUAGCCAGGACUGGCCAGGGCUGGCUUAUCCCUUUCUCAUUAUUCCCUCUUUUUCUCUCUUUCUUAAAUUCCUCAUUGUAUUAAUUAAUUAAAAUCUCUAUAAAACCCA